CGGCAUCGGCACAUCACACGACACGAUGAACUUUGGCGGCCUCGCAGCAGGCAAGGGCAAGGCGGCGGCGGCGACGCCAGCCGCGCCAUCAGCAACGGGCGACGCAGCGGCCCUCCCCUCGCUCGAAGCUGGGCCGAGCUCUCUGCCCGCGACGACACCAGCAGCACCUGCCCUCCCCGACGCAGAGCCAUCACUAAUCCAGAAGAUCAUGGCGGACAACCCGUACUUCUCCGCCGGUGCAGGCCUGAUGGGCCUCGGCGUCGUCCUCACCGGCCUCCGGCGCGGCGUCAAGCUAGCGAGCACGGCCGCGCGCCGCCGCAUGCUCAUCACGCUCGAGAUCCCGUCCAAGGACCGCGCGUACCCUUGGUUCCUGGAAUGGAUGGCGGCGCAGGCCAACGCGGCCAAGCAAGUGCCCGUCGAGCACCGCGGCAUCCGGGGCAUCCUGAGCGGACGGAUGAACCAGCUGCCCAGCCACGAGCUCGCCGUCGAGACGACGUACAAGCAGCAUGAGAAUGGCGCGUCCGAGGCGCUGUUCAACCUCGUGCCGGGGCCGGGGACGCAUUAUUUCCGGUAUCGGGGGCACUGGUUCCAGGUCAAACGCGAGCGCGACGCCAAACUCAUGGACCUCCACUCCGGCUCCCCAUGGGAGACGCUAACCCUCACCGGCCUCUCGUCGUCGCGCACCCUCCUCCCCGACCUGCUCGCCGAGGCGCGCGAGCUCGCAGAGCAGAGCACAGAGGGCAAGACGGUCGUGUACACGGCGUGGGGCACCGAGUGGCGGCCGUUCGGCAAGCCCCGCCGCCGGCGCGAGAUGGGCUCGGUCGUGCUUGGGAAAGGGAUUGCCGAGCGGACCGAGGCGGACUUGAGGGCAUUCUUGGCUAGGAAUAAGUGGUAUGCUGAUCGAGGCAUCCCAUACCGACGAGGCUACCUCCUCCACGGCCCGCCAGGCUCGGGCAAGACGUCGUUCAUCCAGGCCCUCGCCGGCGCAAUGCACUACAACAUCUGCCUGCUCAACCUCGCCGAGCGCGGCCUGACGGACGACAAGCUCAACCACCUGCUGGGGCUGGUACCGGACCGCAGCUUUGUGCUCCUCGAGGACAUUGACUCGGCGUUCACGCGCCGCGUGCAGACGUCAGAGGACGGCUUCAAGUCGAGCGUGACGUUCAGUGGCCUCCUGAACGCGCUGGACGGCGUCACGUCCUCGGAGGAACGCAUCAUCUUCAUGACGACCAACCACUAUGAGCGGCUGGAUCCGGCGCUCAUCCGCCCCGGCCGCGUCGACCUGCACGAGCUGCUCGACGACGCGGCGGGCGAACAGGCGUACAGGCUGUUCGUCAAGUUCUACGCUGCGGGUGGCGCGGGCGCCGAGGAGGCGGCGGCCGACAAGGCGGCAGUCGACGCGGGCGACCGCGACCCACUGCUGCGCGACGAGAAGUUGACCAGCGACGACGUCGAGGCGCUCGGCCGCGACGUCGCCGCUGCGGUAGAGGCUGCGCGCGCAGAGGGACGCACAGUCAGCAUGGCGAGUCUGCAGGGCCAUUUCAUCCGCCACGGCGCGCGCGAGAGUGUCACGGGCGUCGACGCGCUGUGCCGCGUGCGCGCGUAGUGCGCGGGCGGGCGUACACGUUUGUGCCGCAGCCGUCUGUGGCGCGGCCACACACACACCA